UAUGGUGUUGACCUAGGAAAUUCGUGUUGCUCCUUGAUUGGACCGCAAAGGACCAGCGAGGAGGCGCCCCAUGGGGCGCCCCAACCACUAGUUAUAUUCAAAUGCCCUAGUGAUCACAAGAAGGAUUUCGUGAAGAGAUUGAUUGCCUUGCCUGGUGAGUGGAUACGGAUCCCUGUGUCUCAAGAAAUUAUUAAGGUCCCAGCAGGGCAUUGCUGGGUUGAAGGUGAUAAUGCUGCUCGAAGCUGGGAUUCAAGGUCAUUUGGCCCAAUCCCUUUAGGUCUAAUAAAGGGGAGGGUGACCCACAUUAUCUGGCCGCCGUCGAAGAUGGGCCGGGUGGAAAGAAAAUGGCCUGAAGGUAGAGUUUCGCCGUUUUAAUUUGACUCCUCACUGCACUGGAUGAUGGCCCAUUACUCAAUUUUGCCUGAUUCCUGGCAAUCAGAUGUUCUCCUAGCAGUUGCUCAAGUUUUGUUGAAAUAUGUAUUAAUUUUUUUAUCCACCAUUGUUGUUGUUGCUUACUUGUAUUACCAACUUUGUACUUAAAUCGGUCAAAAUUGUAAAACCUCAAUCGAGG